AUGGAGUCGCAAAAGCCGGUACAUACCAUCGUCCUGGAUACUGGUGCCAUCAUCCGUAACAACCCGACCGUUUCCACCCUUCUCGCGGAAUCCGAGCAAAUCGUCACAGUUCCCGCCAUCAUUACCGAAAUUAGGGAUGCUGCCACUCGCACGCGCGUAGAGACGCAACUUAUGCCCUUCUUGACCAUCCGUUCGCCGAACCCCGCCAGCAUCAAGUUUGUGACCGACUUUGCGCGCAGAACUGGUGAUUUGGAUGUGUUGUCCAAGCCCGAUAUUCAGAUCGUUGCACUUGCUUAUGAGUUGGAGUGCGAGCGCAAUGGAGGCGACUGGAGACUGAGAAAAGCACCUGGACAAAAGGGUAUGAACGGAAAGCCCCCAGUCAAGGAGGAGCCUAAGGCUGAGGAGACCGAGACCAAGCAAGAGGAGGGCGCGGAGAUCAAGGACGGGAAAUCAGAGGCCACAACUGAGCAAGCUCAAGAAUCAACCGACGCUGUCCAGCAAAUCUCAGAGGACCUCGCUCAGACAAAGAUCGAAGAGACCGAGCAGACUGCCACCCAAGUUGAGCCCACCUCAGACGCCCAACCCGCAGAGGCAACCCAACCCACCGAAUCAGCACCCCAAGAAGCAGCAGAAGACUCCGGCGAAGACUCAGAUGGCGGCUGGAUCACCCCCUCCAACCUAAAAAAGCACCAAGAAAAAGACCUCUCGGGCAACACCUCAUCCACCGGCGACCCCCAAUCAAUCCUCCAAGUCGCAACCCUCACCACCGAUUUCGCCAUGCAAAAUGUAUUGCUGCAAAUAAACCUCAACCUCCUCUCCCCCACCAUGCAACGCGUCAAACACCUAAAGACAUACAUUCUCCGCUGCCACGCCUGCUUCUGCACCACAAAAGAAAUGAGCAAGCAAUUCUGCCCCCGCUGCGGCAGUCCCACCCUCACCCGCGUCGCCUGCAGCACCUCCUCCAACGGCGAAUUCAAACUGCACCUCAAGAAAAACAUGCAAUGGAACACCCGCGGCGACCGCUUCAGCAUCCCCAAACCCGUACACGGAAGCGCCAACGGCCGCGUCCAAGGAGGAGGUAAAGGACAUUGGGGCAACGAGUUGAUCCUCGCCGAAGAUCAAAAAGAAUUCACCAGACAUUACGAGCAGGAGAAGAGGAAAAAGGAGAGGGAUUUGAUGGAUGAGGAUUAUUUGCCCAGUAUCUUGACUGGAGAUAGGCAUAGGAAUGGUGGGGGGAGGAUGAGGGUUGGUGGUGGGAGAAAUGUCAACUCCAAGAAGAGGUAGGUGUGGGCUUUCGAUACGACAUGACAUGGACUUUUUUGCAUGGCUGUGGUGUUCAAAAGGCGUUUCUUUUUUUGUCGACAUGGAGAGCUUUCUACUAGCAGUCUCAUGAACCAUACGGAAAUCUGGUAUACACAAAAAGUGCUUUUCUCACACUUCACCAUCAUGAUCAUCAACCAGCAUCUCGCUCCACAAGUGCAGCACGAAGUUCAUGGAGUUUUGAAAAUUUUGUGAAAUUGUAGGCAUUUUUGCUCUCGCAAAAAAACACCUUGAAUGCUUUUCUUCCCUCUGCAGUCAUCAAAGCAGCUGCCAAUCAUUCCCCCCUUGAAUAACCCUUCCCAAAAAGAAUGGUUCGUUGUAAUUUAUUGCGCCGUGGAACGCCCUUUUUUU